AACAGCCAAGGCUACUCAGCCAAAGCUAAAGCUCCUCCUCCUCCCUUGCCCAUCUCUACCAAAUCUAAGAAGCCUACAAGAGGCUUUCAGCUCUUCCUCCACCUUCAUCACACCUUAGAACAUCCUUCCUCCUUCUUGUCUCCUGUUGGUUUCUGGGGUAGUAGGUUUUCAUGGAUCUUCGCCUGUCAACUGAUCAGAUAUCUGAGCUCCAGGAAGCCUUCUGCCUCUUUGACAAAGAUGGAGAUGGCUGCAUUACGCUGGAAGAACUGGCGACGGUCAUUGGAUCAUUGGGACAAUAUCCAACUGAACAAGAGCUAAAAGAUAUGAUCAGAGAGGUCGAUAUCAAUGGCAAUGGGACCAUAGAAUUUGCAGAAUUUUUGAAUCUAAUGGCCCGAAAGAUGAAGGAGACCGAUGCUGAGGAGGAACUAAGAGAAGCCUUCAAGGUCUUUGACAAAGAUCAAAAUGGAUACAUCUCAGCCAGUGAGCUGAGGAAUGUGAUGACCAAUCUCGGGGAGAAAAUGACAGAUGAAGAGGUUCUCCAGAUGAUCAAGGAAGCUGACAUCGACGGCGAUGGACAAGUGAAUUUUGAGGAGUUCUCGCGGAUGAUGAUGGCUGUCUGAACUUAUGAUCUAUGCUUUAUCUCCUUGUACUCGAGACACAAAGUUUGCUGCUUUCUUUCUGUCGUAGAAUUUACCUCUUUUUUUUUGUCUUUUUACUUUUAAUGCAUUGUCACCGAUUUUUUCUAUUGGUUAAGAUCUGAAAACUUUCGAUCAGUUAUGAGAA